CGGUCCCUUUUUUGUGAAUGAGGCUUUUUUUUUUGUUGACAACCUUUUUGGUUUAUAGAAUCUUGUACUUCACUCCGAGAUGUAGUGUGCUUUUUUCGUCUUCUUGCGUCCUUUAUCAAUUUUGACUUGCAGCUGUUGGGUGGGGGGGAAAUGUGGACACAUUUUCCUGAGCCAUCAAUGAAUGACAAAGAGGGUUGGCCCAAUGUUACAUACCUCGACGACAUAAAAGGGAGUUUGUCGCCUAUUCUCGCGGUUCUUUUCGUUAACGACGAGCUCUAUUUUGAACGAUUGCCAUUCCUCCAUACAAUUGAUUAUAUGCUAUCCAUACUGCCCAACCCUACCCUCUUUUGUGCGUUGCAAGUGAUUCCCUCUGCCUGACGUUCUGUAAUGUACUCGCGAGCACACCAUCCCGCCCACAUCCAUAUACCCUCCACGGCUUUCUCGCCUUAUACGUCAGGUCCUUACACUGCGCCCGUCGGCGGUUCGCAUCCUCCAGGCCAGCCAUACUUUGAAAUACCAGUCUCCAUCCCGCCCUCUCCUGCCCUCUCAGAAUCAUCUUUACCGCUCCCAUCACCGUCGCCAACCGCUUCCCCUUCACCUCAAAUAGGCCCCAACAGACAUCUUGCUUCUGGUGCUAGCGCCUCAAAUGCAGUAAACUCGGGUCAUCGACCAUCGUCUAGAGAUGCCAUCAACGCGGACAAGCCGAUUGAAGCGUCGGCUGGACCACAAAGUCUAACAUUUGUUCUUUCAACAAUGGAGGAUGUAGCCGAGCAGAUUCAACGCGAGGAAAGCGCCCCAAAGAAGCGAAGAUUGAAAACCAAGGAUUGGCAACGUGACAUUCUGAUUAGAGUCUUUGAGACGGAAACUACCAUGCCGGAUCCUGAGCGGCGAAAAGAGAUUUCUGAUGUUGUCCGAAUGAGCCCGCGCGCGGUCCAAGUCUGGUUCCAAAACCGUCGAGCCAAGGUCCGGGCAGAGGCGAAUCGGUCAGGCUCUGGGAUACCGGCCGCGAGAAGUCUGGCUGAAUUGCCAGUCCAGUCUAUUCCUGGCGGAGAUGGUGUAGAGGCCUACCAUCAAGCAUCACUGCAAGGUGGUGACAUGCAAAUCAGUGGCAAGCCUGUCGCUUCGGAUGCUGCUGGGGACUUGCUUGCUCAACAGCAAAUUGCGUCUUCCAUCCGAAUAGUCGAACCAAGCAGAAUGCACGUUCCUCUGCAAGGUGGCAUAUCCGCUCGAUACGGUCCCAUGUCCCACUCUGACGUCCCAUCUCACACUGUUCCCUACUCCUCACCAUCGCCAAUGUAUAAUACUUCUGAAGAUUGUUCGACCUAUCAUGAUCCUGACAGAGCAAAUCUGUCCCCUGAAUCGCACUUUCAAGUUACACCUGAUCGAACUCACCCAAGUCCACGCCAGGGAUUGGCAUCCGGGCAUUACCUCUUGCCAAUGCCACCUCGACGAGCCAUCAGCCUUGAUUCAUCCUUCCACGUCUAUCCACUCACCAACACGUCCUCUGUAGCACCACGGCCGAUAUCGUCGUCCGGUUACUCGCCGAUUCCUCAUCUGGGUGACACAUUUUCGACAUUUGGGUCGUCCAAUCCCCAUCAGCUAGUGGGAGUAGCCGCUCCGCAAAUGAUGUACCAAAAUAGCCGGAACGCAAGUCCCGUCAUGGUGAAUCAAGACUAUUUGGAGCAGAGUGCUUACCCACAGAACUGAUCUGUGGGCCAUUAUUUAUGUACAUUUGUUACGUAGAAACCCCGGAUGGGCGAUAAGAGUGCUGGAUUGCCAAAAGUGCAGUAAACUAGGCUGAAUUUGUUGGUUUGUAAAGAUUAUGUAGGCUGUGAAUACUACAGGCGUGCGUAGCUGGUCUGCGCUUUUAAAGCAGUGAACAUUGCAAAGUGAGAUACACUGUACUGUCCUAUAAUUCAUUCUCUA